CCGCUAUCUCCCUCCCGAUACCUUGCGUCGCCUGCUUCUCAACCAUAUCCCUUCUGAAUGUUCUCCCAUUUUCUCCUAUGAAACGCCUGCUAUGGACAGAUAACAAUAAUAUCUGGAUAGAUUCGGACACAUCCCUCAUACAUCCUCAAUACAUCCUCGCAUCAGAAAACCAGACGGAAGUAGCAUCUUAUCCUCAACUCUCAGAUUAGUGUAUUCCUGCCCGCCACUUAUUCUCCAUCCUCCUCAAAUCACCCUUGUCGAAACGCACAACGUGGGCGUGAUCGAACCGGGGGUUGUUUGCGUUCGUGAUCUCUUCGACAUGUCGCCGACGGAUCCCCGACCAGUGAUCAUCCGCGUCGCGAGCAGAGCGCAGGUAUGUGUCUUCCCGGGUUUCUUCAGUACUCUUGUCUUCUCGCGACAAAGCCUGACGGGGAGUAAUCAUCGAUCUGGAAUCACAUUUGGACGUGUGCAAAACGCAUUUCUCAUCCAUCUUAUUGGAAGAUCCAGCGCCAGGAACAGCAGUGGACGGUUUGCCGGUUGUCUGAGUGUGUUCGGACGCGUCCUGGACUGAGACACCAUCAGCGGCGAGUGGGUGCCCGUUGGUAUGAUGGUCCGCAUCCUGUGUCUGGGGUUCUCUAAGCGAAUCUGGGAUUUCGAGGGUGCUUCGAGGUUGGAUGAUAUCGCGUGGCAAAGCUUUGUCAAAUCUUGUUUCCGGAGAAUCGGUGGUAAAGUGCAUCGGGACAGGCGAUUGCCAAGUUGCAUCUUCGACUCUUGCAUUCAAAUCAAGAGACUCUGGGAAAGCGGAAGCGGCGGUAAUCGAUUGAAGAGAGUUCAUGCAGCUAGCGAGGACGACGACGACUAGAGGAUGGGAAUGCAUGGUUACUCGAGUGCAAUUUGUUGCUCUGAGCGGAGUGCCAGUGUAUAUGUAUAAUGAUUGAUACAGUGGACGAGUCUUGAAGUUUGAAAUUUGAAGCUUGAUUGAGUUGACAAAUGAACGUAUUCUUGAGGUGAGAGCGCUGGGUGCAAUGGGCGAGAGAGACGAGAUCAGAUUGUUGUGUGAUGCUUGAUGAUUUCUCUCACUUCGCUUAGACCGCGUCCAUCGAUGACUGGAUCUCAUCCUGAACUCCAUCUCGUCCUACAAAACUUGCGAUCUAUCCAUGCAUCUUUGUCUGAUUUCCGACCCACUACAGUCCGCCCACCCAUCCUGGACGCUUCCACCGAAUCGCUCGGCACGUCGGACGAAAAUGACCCGGACGACCAAUGGCUUCAACAAGAUAGCAUUCCCGGUCUCAAACAGCUCAGAGACUCUAUCAAAGUGGACGUUGACGUCUUGAAAAAGUUCCUAGAGGAUGCGAAGUCAGCACAACAGCCGCCUCUCUCCACGAACGCGCCCUAUCUCAUCUCCGUAUGGAAUGAGGUGCUUUGUGCACCUCCGAUUCUCGUCUCGGUGCUCCGGUUGUUUUCUCCCAAAGGUCCAGUGAACAGGAAGCAGAAGCAGAAGGUCCCGGUCAAGGUCGAUGUCGUCGCGGAUAACGGGCGGCGAUGGAUCAGAGUCAACACCAUCAAAAACAACCGACUCAUGUCCGAGUUCCGCGAGAUGGACUCAUACUUGACCGACUCGGACGACGACGACGGGCCGUCUCUAGCGCCCGCGGAAUUCGACAACUCAGUACUCAGGAUGGGCCGCGAUCUGCUGGCGGCGGCGCAAGCCAACCCCAUUGACACGCUCGGCGGGGCUCAAGCCCCUCGCGUGACGCUCAGACUGACACGCCUCGACCCGUCAGACGGCGGUGACCCGCGGAUAUCCCAGACCGUCGACAAGCUGCGCGAUAUGGGGAUCGACGUUGCUCUUGGGGAUCGGAGCGCAGAGGAAUUGGCAGUCAAAAGGACGUUACCGCCGACAUCGAUUCCCGCUGUGGACCAGCAGCAGCUGGCCCCGAGCGUCAAUGUCAAUCUCGACUUGUCGGUACUCAUCGCACUGGUGUCAGAUCUGACGCAUACAUCCUUGCCGGCCUCGAUAGAAGAGGCGCAGCGACGAUACGGGCUUUCGUCCUCCAUACAGAACGUGGCGUUGACGACGCAAAUCAUGCAGGAGAUGUUGCAAGAGAUGGGUCAGGGGGGUAUGUUUCAAGAGCUGCACUCGAGGGUAUCUCCGCACGUCAAAUUCUGGACGACCGUCGAAGCUCGAGAGCGGUUCGUUCGGAUAGUAGGAAAGAUCGGUGGCCAGGGCGAGAAACGACGCGCGCAGUACUUGUUCAGUGCUGGCACCGACGAAGACAUAGCUCAGUUCUGGGCUGGCUCGCGAUUUCCCGUCGGAUACAUCCCCUUGCUUCCCAUCAACAUCUACGACGAGAGCGAGGGUAAUAGCAUCUGCACCUGCACACCUGCACCAUUCUUCCGAGCGAUGGAGAAGACAUGCUGCGGGAUCUUGACAUUAGGUGAAUCACCCGGGACCGACGGUGCAGUGGACGAAUACAGCAACAACGGGUUCCUGCGCAACCCAGCAAGCCAACGAGCCGCCGUGACCCGGGUGAACGGACGACUGACCGCACACACCGUCAAGAGCAUGCUACUCGGCUCGCGCCGGGGGUGGACGACGUUGACGGCCAACAAGAACAGCAUCAAGGCGCUGAUGAGAGAAGUCAAGGCGGCUCGGCUUGCGGGGAAGUUGACCGAUGAAGACGAGGGGGUCCAUGACAGCACGGCCGUCAUCUGGAUUGUAGACCCGCGCAGUCUCGCAGAGGGAGCUCGUGAGCGUGCUGCGACAGUCUAAUUCAUGUCUUGAAAGCGGCUGUGCUUGGAAGACGCUUGAAUGGACCGCCCUGUCCUAUUUAGGAGUCUGGUCAGUCACGUCGCGAACGCGACCACGUGAUUGAUCCCAGCACGAAAAUAUUUUCGAUCCUAUUCGAGGGUAGUGGUUCUUGUGAUAACAGUAGAAUACGGCAACUAUUAAACUUUU